UCAUUUUUUUUUUCAAAUGUUCUUAAGGUACUACUCACCAAUCACCAAUAGUUUUUCAAUUCUGAAAAGAGAGUUUUAGGAGAAGAAAAAGGAGAUGAUGGCGGGAAAUCCAAGUCUCGGUUGGUCGGGUUGGUCCGGAGAUGCACGCACGCAUGCACGCAGCCCUGACAGCGGCACAGAGUUCAGUCCAGCGCAGCGCAGGACACCGGCAAAACCAACCUUUCGCUUCACUUCGCGGCAACGGGGACGCCGCACCCAACCGGUCGAUCGACCCGGCUCACCCGCGGCCACGCUCCACACGCCGGCGCCGAUCCGCGUCCGUCCACCCGCCGUCCCCGCGCUCGUGGACUCCAUCGGACGCACCAAAUCGCACUCGCUCCAACAGCCACCCCUCACCUCUCCCACCCGCCAAAAAAACAUCCUCCCUCUUUAACCCUCUCAUAUAGCCCCUGCCACAAGCGAACCAGGCACCACCACCAGUCCACCACCUCCACACCCCUCCCCCCCAAAGUUUUAGAUAGCGCGCUAUAGCGGCGCUACACGCAUCCUGACUGUGGUGCGCUACGCGAAGCUCGAUUUCACGUACGAAGAGUUAGCGUGCUAAUAGCGCGCUAGAUGUCACUUAGCGCUAAAAUUGGGCCUCUAGCGUUAGCGUCCCGCGUCUCUGACCUAAAAUUUUCGGUCCAAAAUGAAAUCGCUGCGCGGGCCAAAGCCCAAGCCUACCAAUAGUCGAAUACCCCCAACCCUCCUCUCGAGCCAAACCCUAUCCCCACUCCCGUCCUCAUCUCAAACAGGAACCAUGGCGGCGGCCGACCAACGACCAACCAUGGCGACGGCCUUGAGCUGCCACUCCGGCGACUGACCUUCCUCGCCACUCCCUCCCAGCGACGGGGUAUUCCACCAGGUGACGCAGCUCCCGGACGUUUCCUCUCGGCUGCUCCCUCCUGGCCACUUCCUCUGCUGACGGCGACGACCGCAUCCACAAGGCGACGGAGCACCCCACGGCGACGGUGUCCACCAGGCGACCAUGAGCCAGCAAAUCCCGUCAGCAGAUGUUGGUGGCUCAAGCACUGCCUCAGUAGCAGCACCUUCACUCCCUCAAAUUGUUGAUUCGGAUGACCCUGCGUGGAAGUAUUGCACUCUUCCAGAUGUGAACAAGAAGCAUUGGCAGCGAUGCAACUAUUGUGGCAAGAUAUGCACAGCUGGCAUUACAAGGAUAAAGUUUCACCUUUCACAAAUAACGAAUUGUGGUGUCUUACCAUGCAAGAAGGUUCCUAGUGAUGUCAGGCUGGAGAUGAUAGCUUUGCUUCUGAAGAGUGCUGAGCUGAAGGAAAAAAAGGUCGAGGGAUUGGAGGCGCUCAGAUCUAGUGUUGACUUAGAUCACUCCGAUGGAGAACAAGAAACUGAUGAAGAAGAUGGCAAUCAGGUUGUGAUUUUGAGGUCAAAACCAGGCACAAGCAGCUCAAUGGGUGGCCCUAUGGACAAAUUCUGCAAGCCUGGUAUAGAAGAAACUGUCAAGAGGAAGCAAAAAAGAAAUUGUGAAUCCGAAAAGGUUCAGUCGAAGGUGUCAACUCAGCAAAGACAACAGAGGAGGGAUAGAGCUUGUGGAUAUAUAUGUCAAUUUUUCUAUGAAGCUAGCAUCCCACAUAACAUUGUUACACUUCCUAGCUUUGCAUGUAUGCUUCAGGCCAUUGGAGAUGUUGGCACAGACUUCGAUGGGCCUACUGCAUAUGAGAUGAGUGGACCAUUCUUGCAGAAAAGGAAGAAGAAGGUGUUAGAUUCAUUCAAACCACAUAAGCAAGCAUGGGAGCACACAGGUUGUACCGUAAUGACAGAUGCAUGGACAGAUAAAAAGGGCAGGGGAGUAAUGAACCUAGUUGUGCAUAGUUCUCAAGGAGUCAUAUUUUCUUGA